GACUUCCUCGCCGUCAUGCAAGUGGACCACUCGAACCCGAUCACGCUCAGCCGCUUCGUCCUUGCGGACAAGUCCAUCCAGAAGAACAACGACUUGUGCAUCCUCUUCAACUCGAUCGAAUUGGCCUGUAAGGUCAUUUCGAGCGCCGUGCGUCGUGCCGGUUUGACUGGGUUGUACGGCUUGGACGGCUCCCAAAAUGCCACGGGUGAUGAAGUGAAGAAACUCGACAUUCUGGCCAACGACAUCUUCAUCAACUCCCUUAAAACCUCCACCAAGAUCGAAGUCAUGGUGUCGGAAGAAAACGAAGAGCCGAUCUGGGUGAACACCUCGAGCGACACCAAGUUUUGCAUCGCUUUUGAUCCUCUUGACGGUUCGUCCAAUAUUGAUUGCAACAUCUCCACGGGCACGAUCUUUGCCAUCUACGAAAAGAACGGUUCGACCGGCGGGCUGAGCGACAUUUUGCAACCCGGCAAGUCGUUGGUCGCGGCCGGCUACUGCAUGUACGGUAGCUCGACGCAAAUGGUGUUAACGUGGGGCAACGGUGUGCACGGCUUCACCUUGGACCCGACCAUCGGCUCGUUCAUUCUGUCGCAUCCCAACAUCAAAAUUCCCUCCAACCCCAAGACGAUUUACUCGUGCAACGAAGGCAACCUGUCCUUGUGGGAUGCCCAAACCACGCAAUUUGUGCACGAGUGCAAGACGGCCGCCAAGCCAUACUCGGCUCGUUAUGUUGGUAGUAUGGUGUCGGACGUACACCGCACGUUGUUGUAUGGAGGCAUCUUCUUCUACCCCGCGGACAAGAAGGUACUCGACUUCUCACGACUUCUGCCACGGAUUCAAAUUGUCUUGUAGAGCAAAUCUGGCAAGCUCCGAUUGCUGUACGAAGCGAACCCGAUGUCGUUCAUCGUGGAGCAAGCUGGCGGGAUUUCGACGACGGGCACCCAGCGCGUGUUGGACUUGAUCCCCACGUCGAUCCACCAACGUUCGCCCAUCUUUUUGGGCUGUAAGCGCGACGUGAACCGCAUUUUGGAACUCUACGGCCAACCCACCCAAUAAAUACCAAGUUGUCCUCAGUUCGCAUGUUCGUCCAACCAAAAAUAGCAGCAACGCAGAACGAGACUAAAAUUACCACGCUCUCGCUCGUUACGCU